UGUAAUUAAUGGAGUAAACAAUAUAUGCACUGAGUAUAAUUUUUUAUUUUUCACUUUUUGACAAUUCAUUUACAAAUUCACUAAACUAUACGAAAAUAGUUUCUUAAAGAUGACGCGUUUAUAUGUCUUAUUCGUUUUGAUAAUAUCAAACGUUAUCACGCAGGAGGUCACAGAAGACACAAAAGUUGAAGAUGACUUAGAAUUGAAAGAGUCUCUCUUGGAUGAGCAAGAAUAUCAAAAGCAACAUCCUCUUGACGCUCUUGAGGGAGAUAUGAAAGCAAUGACACUACAUAGAUAUAUUGAAUCAAAAGCAAAUGAGCCUAUAGAGCCGGAAAAAGUUAAAAGUCCCAAAAAACCUGGUAGUUUACCUACAAAGCGUUCAAUUCCAUUCAAAAUAAAAUUAGAUAGGCCAAUGAUAACUGCAGAUGCAAUUAUUGAAAAAACUAGAUGUCAAUUAGCAAUACAGGAAGCAAUUGGAGAAAUAAAAAAAAAGACUUGCAUAGACUUUAAGCCACAUGAAGAUGAAGCAAACUAUAUAUCUUUUGCUUUUAACAAUGCAGGUGCACUUUCAGAUAUAGGUGUGGAGCCUGGUGAGCAGAAGAUUUUGAUAACUAUUCGAACUUGCUACAAAGGUACUAUGUUGCAUGAAAUUCUUCAUACUCUUGGAAUGAUGCACGAACAUACUCGACCAGAUCGCGAUAGUUACAUAAGCAUUAAUAUUACAAAUAUAAAAGAUGGUAUGAUGAAGAACUUUGAAAAGUAUGCCCAUUUAAUUGGAGAUGACUUGCCAUAUGAUUAUGAAAGCAUCAUGCAUCCUCCUGUUAACUGGUUUUCCAAAGAUCCACAAAACCUUAAUACAAUUAAACCAAACAACAUUAUUUACCAAGACCAAAAAUUAGGUCAACGCGAUGGAUUAAGUAAGCUAGAUGCAGCAAAGUUAAACGCAGCUUUCCAGUGCCCAGAAAAGUAUCUUGAUAAACCAGAAUUACCGGAACCUGAAAAACCACAACUAAACUCCUCUCUAACAGAAGAUCAGUUUUCAACACCUGCACCAACAUCUACUUCUACAACUUCGACAACAACAAAAGAUCCGUUUAAUGUUAAUCAAGAUGACUCUGUUACAAAUCCAAGUAUUAAUAACGAUGAAGACGACAACGAUAAACCAAAAUCUGAUGACAAUCCAUUUCCAGAACCGGGGAGUGAUAACGAACCGCCUAUUCCUUUUCCAAUGCAGGAACCUGAUAACAAUAACGAAAGAAGAAAAAAAAUAGGAAAACACGCCGUCAAAUUAAUGAAGCGACGAAAGCACAAAAACUGAAAUACAAGAAAAUAUUAAUAAAAUAUUUAUAGUAUUGAAAUUUAGAUUUUUUUUUUA